ACGGUGAAACUUCUACAAAUAAUUGUCAACUCUGGUGGGAAACAUUAUCGAAUUUGUGCAAUAAAUAUAAUUAUGUACGUGCUUAUUCACCUGGUCUUCAUACUUCAAAUUCUAACAAUUUUAGUAAUCUGUCAUCCAUACAACUCAUUAUUUUCCUUCGCAGUACUUUGUCAUAUGGGUGGUGUAGUUCACCGCAUGCCUUUACUAUAAAUGGUCGUGCGUAUCAUCAAGUUUAUCCUGCUAAUACAAGAGGCCAUCCAGUAAAUUGGUUUGUAUUUGACGCUAAUGUACGAAAUUGUCUAUAUCAACUUUAUAACAUGAACUAUCCUCAAGCACAAUUGGUAAUUCAACAAUCAACAAAUAUUGCAGAAAAUGUUGCUUGCACAAUUAAUCAUUCAAAAGCUAUAGCACAAGAACGGUGUGUGCAGAUUUGGCGCGUUGGUGAAGAAAAGCCAGAUUAUGUCAACAUCCUUAACAAAAAUUAUGAAGCACUACAGUAUCCACUUUUUUUUCCGCAUGGUGAAAUAGGCGUCUUUUCAAUAAAUAUUUUAGUGGACAUGUUUAUUCGAGCAGAUGAACGCUUGCAAUAUGUACCAUCACAUACACUUUCAUACAGAUGGUCUUAUAAAAAGGCAAUGGAUGCUCUUGCGGUCAUAAAAGCUAUUUAUCGUUCCACAUUAAAUGGAACAUGUUUUGGAAGAGGUGAUCUUUGGAUAACAGAAAAUUUUGGAUCAAAAGGACUGAAGAAGUGA